AUAAUUGCUCAACCCCCCCUCCUCCCUAUCACAUGCAUGACGAGUGCAGUGUGCCACCACGGAUGCCUAAAUUAUCAUGGCCGACUAGCUAAAGCUAUUAUAAACGUCCUGCCAAACCAAAGCCGAACGCAAAGGACGCGAGAGAGAAUCAGAGAAACAGAGUGCGUGUGUGCGUGUAGGAAGAGCGCGCGCGGCUUCUUCUCUUCUCCAUGAGCCGUCCCAUGUGCCGGAUUUGAUUCAUGGUGGCAGGCGAAGCAGGAAGAAGAAGACUCUCUUUCAUAUAAGUAGUGCUGUAGGCGCAAUUGCAGCUCUCUCUUGAUAUCUCUAUUUGGGCGGAGGCUCUGAAGGUGGUAAGAGAAGGAAGGGGAGAGAGAUGGGGACGGGGUGGAGGAGGGCGCUGUGCACGUCGGUCCGCCGGGAAGACAGCGACGACGGCGGCGGCCAUGGCGCGGCGGCCAAGCGCCGCCCGCCCGCCGCCAGCCCGCGGGCGCCCGGCGGCGGCGGAGGGAAGCUCGCCUUCUUCUCCGGCCUCGGUGGCGGCGGGGGCAGCAACCCCUCCGCGCCGGCGCUCCGGUGCCGGACCAAGCCGACGCCGCAGCCGGAGGACGUGGCGCCCGUGACCCCGCCGGCGCCGGCGUCGGCGCCCGUGUCGGCCAGGAAGCGGAUGCCGCUGCUGCAGGCGCUCUCGGCGCCGGCCUCGCCCAGAUCCCCCUCCAGAUUCGCGCUCUUCAAGGCCUCCAUCCUCCCCACCAAGGCUCGGUGCGGCGUGUGCACCCGCGGCGUCAAGAACGGCGGCAGCGCGGCGGUGUUCACGGCGGAGUGCUCCCACUCCUUCCACUUCCCCUGCAUCGCCGCCCACGCGCGCGCCGCCGCCUCCGGCGCCCUUGCCUGCCCCGUCUGCUCCUCGCCAUGGCGCCAGGCGCCCUUCCUCGCCUCCCUCCGUCUGCAUCUCGACGUCGACAGCAACUCCCCACAACGCAACAAGCGCAGGACCUCCGACGACUCCGGCCGCAAGACGCCGCCGCCGGCGGCGCACUCGGCUGCCAAGGUGUAUGACGACGACGAGCCUCUCCUGGCGCCCAAGGCCGCCGCCAAUGGCAGCGGGUUCAACCCGAUCCCGGAGGCCGACGAAGAGGACGACGCGAGCAUGGAGGGCGAGUUCAGGGGCUUCUUCCCGCACCCGCCGCGCCUCAGGACUGGGUUGACCGUCACCGUGGCGCCAGAGGCUGCCCUGGUGUCGUCCGGCCGGAGGCACGGCAAGUACGUGGUGGUCGUCAAGGUGAAGGCGCCCGGGCUCCGGUCGUCCGCGUCCCGGCGCGCGCCCAUCGACCUCGUGACGGUGCUCGACGUGAGCCAGGGCAUGAUGGGGGAGAAGUUGCAGAUGCUGAAGCGCGGGAUGCGGCUCGUCAUCGCGUCGCUCGGCCCUGCUGACCGCCUCUCCAUCGUCGCCUUCUCCGGCGCUGCCAAGCGCCUGCUGCCGCUGCGGCGGAUGUCGAGGCAGGGGCAGCGGUCGGCACGGCAGAUCGUGGACAGGCUGGUGGUGUGCGCCGCCGCGCAGGGGCAGGACCAGGCGCAGAAUGCCUGCGCCGGCGACGCGCUGCGCAAGGCCACCAAGGUCCUCGAGGACCGCCGCGACCGCAACCCCGUCGCCACCGUCAUGCUCUUGUCCGAUACACAGCAGCAGCAGCAACAACAACAACAGCAGAAGGAUGCAAGGAAAAAUGGUGAUCACCACUUCCUGCGCCGCCCGCAGGCAGCUCCUGCGGCGGCCACACGGUUCACCCAUGUGGAGAUCCCCAUCGCUGGCCCAGCCGAUGAGACACUGGUGGCACGGUCACCACUUGCACCCAAGGAGGAGCAAGGAGGCGGAUUGGCAUCCAGCCCUCCUGCGGAGCACGCAUUUGCCAAGUGCCUCGGCGGUCUUGUCAGUGUUGUCAUGCAGGAGGUGCACCUUGAUCUCGCCUUCCUGACAGGGGAGAUCACGGCAGUGUACUCCUGCGGUCCCGGACAGCAAGCCGUGGCCCUCGCCGGUGGCGCUGCUGGAAAUGGCGGCUCCAUCCUGAGUGUCCGGCUCGGCGAGAUGUAUGCCGAGGAGGAGCGGGAGCUGCUGGUGGAGUUGCGGGCGCCGCUGAGCGCGCAGCACAACCACCCACACUCGCUGUCAGUCAGGUGCAGCUAUCGUGACCCGGCCUCGCAGGACACCCUGCGGGGUGCCGAGCAACCGCUGCUCCUGCCACCUCUCCACGGUGAGAGCUCUUCGCAGCGCCUUCAUGACCUGUUUGUCGCCACCCGGGCCGUAGCUGAGUCACGCCGGCUGGCGGAGCUGAGCGACUUCUCCACAGCCACCCACCUGCUCUCAUCGGCGCGGAGGCUGGUCCUUCAGUCUCCACCGACACAGCAGCAGCAGGACCUCCUGGGCAGCCUUGACACCGAGCUGAGCGACAUGAGGUGGCGGCGCAGCCAACAGCCACCGACGACACCAACAUCAAGGUCAGCGACACCCUCAGGGACGCCACGGGCAUCUGGUGGAGGAGGAGAACCGCUGACCCCGACUUCAGCCUGGCGCGCAGCAGAGCAGCUGGCAAAGGUGGCCAUCAUGCGGAAGUCGAUGAACCGGGUGAGCGAUCUGCACGGCUUCGAGAAUGCCCGCUUCUGACGAAGAUCUCUCCGGUACCUGUAAUGAUAAGCAAGUUUUUUUUGUUUUCGUUGUUUUGUGAAAUGGACAUGGCGACGACGAAGAAGACCCUGCCGGAGUGCGGUGGAUGGCUAGAUUUACUAUUGUUAGUAGUCAAGUGAAAUACUAGGAUCGACAAUAUUCCUCCCUUUUUUUCCUUCCUUCUUUGCUUUAUUCUUGUUAAUUAUAAAGACUUGAUUCAUUUUUUGCUUUCAGUUUGGGUUGAUCAAUCAAUGGUAAAUUGGUCCUCCAUAUUUUGUACCUA